UAGCAAGCCUCGUAUCCCGGUGAGAGGCUUUGCCGACAUAUGUCUCUUCACUGAAUCCCCUUUAGUGCAUUACUGGAGUGCCGGGGCAUGUUUUUGGACUCUCUCUGUGUGUUUGUGUGUGUGUGUGUGUGUGUGUGAGUGUAGGAAUUAGAGGGGCAUGCUGAGAGUUUGGAUGCUCAGUCUGAACGCAGUUUAAUACUAUCACUUCUACCUCUGGGAAUUACUGUCUUGUCUGCAUGUGUGUGAGUGUGACUUGUAAAUCUUUUCCUUGGAGGAGUCAGUGAAGAGCUCUUGCUAAAAGAACAACUUUCCAAGGGUGUUUUCAGCAUUUUCUUUACCUUUGUCCUUAUCUGCUGGCUGGGAUGCUGCUAAGGGGGCUCAGGAGCCUAAGUGUCGGGCUCCUGUCGGCCUUCUUUUCUACUACCUUUGGUCUUUAUUUCCCUCCUCACGUGGAGCAGCUGCCGACCAUCACCGCUCAGACCUCGGGCUCUCUCAUUGCCUUGCCAUAUGAUGAGAACUUCCUGUUCAAGUGUGAAGCCAAAGGCAACCCAAGACCUACGUACCGCUGGACAAAAGAUGGGAUGGAUUUUGACCCACAUAAAGACUCUCGGCUCAUUAAAGAAGAAAGUAGUGGGACUUUUGUGAUACCAAACAAUAAAGAUACAGUGAAAUACCAGGGAAAGUACAGAUGUUAUGCCUCAAACAAGCUUGGAACUGCAAUAUCAGAGGAAUCAGAAUUUAUUGUACCUAUGGUUCCCAAGUUUCCCAAAGAGAAGACAGAGCCAGUGGUGGUCACAGAGGGUGAUUCAGUGAUUUUGGAGUGUAACCCACCACAAGGGAUUCCACCAUGGCAGCUGUACUGGAUGACCAAUGAUCUUCGUCACAUUGAGCAAAAUGAGAGGGUGUCCAUGGGCCUCAGUGGGAAUCUGUACUUCUCUAAUACACUGGUGUCAGACAGCCAUGAUGACUACUGCUGUUUUGCCUCCUUUUUCAAGAUACGCACAAUUGUUCAGAAACCCAGCAUGGUCCUGAGGGUCAAGCCAAUAAAUUCAACCCAAGGAGAUGAUGGCAUCAAGAGUGUUCAGGAGAGAAAGCCGAACAUGUUGGUUCCCUCCAGUCUUUCAACGACAUACCUAAAAAAGGGAGACGAGCUGGAGCUGGAGUGUAUCGCAGAAGGACUACCUACACCAGAGGUAGAAUGGAUCAAGAUGUCGGAUAAUUUACCGAAGCGCUCACAUAUCAAAAACUUUGGAAAGCUUCUGACUAUACCUGAUGUCACAGAACAGGAUGAAGGGAAAUACAUGUGCAAAGCCAAGAAUGCUCUUGGUGAAGCUGUGCAUCAUUUCAUUGUUGUUGUGGAAGAGCCGCCCAGCUGGCAGGAGGAGCCAGUGAAGAGUCAGUUAGCAGAAAUUGGAUCUGACAUCCACAUCAAGUGUUCUGCUACAGGAAAACCACAACCCACAAUCACCUGGAAGAGAAACGGCCAGCCCCUUGAUGAUUUCCCUUCUACCAAUCACCAAGUGCUUGAUGACAAAAUAAUCAUACUCCGAGCGGAGCAGAGAGACACUGCAGUGUACCAGUGUGAGGCCUCCAACAAACAUGGGACCCUACUUGCCAAUACUAACGUGCUUGUCAUGAAUCAUCCUCCUUUGAUUCUGACGCGGAAUUAUCUGGAGUACGCAACCAUGUUAGGCAAGAGUGUGAUGAUGGACUGCAAAGUCUUUAGCUCACCACCUGCCACCCUUAACUGGAGAAGAGAAGACCCAGAGGGCUCUGUAGAUGGAGAGAGAUAUUCUCUCCUGAAGAAUGGCUCCCUGCAGAUUCACAAAGUGGAGAUGGAAGAUAUGGGCCAGUACAAAUGUUUGGCAAACAACUCCGAGGGCACAGCCAGCAUCAUCACUGAACUUUUCAUUAAAGAUUCAACUAGGAUUGUAGAAGCUCCCCAAGACAUGAAGGUCAAAAGAGGAUCUAUGGUCGAGCUGGAGUGCCAGGUGGAGUGCGACCCCACCCUCAGACGAGAGCUGGAGAUCUUGUGGCUAAAAGAUGAGAUAAAUAUCCUCUCUAACUUCUCAGAAAGAUAUUUCGCAGAAGAUGGAAUUCUCCAGAUUGUCAAUGUGAGCAACAGUGAUCAAGGGAAUUACACCUGCAUUGUUCGAACAUCACUGGACCAAGAUACAGCUUCUGCUUACAUAACCGUGUUAGACGUCGCUGAUCCACCGGUUCAACUGACGCUCACUGAUCUGAAAGACCGCAGUGUGAGGGUCAACUGGGCAGCCGCCAGUGAUCAUAACAGUCCCAUAACAGAGUUCAUCAUCCAGUAUGAAGAGAACCACUGGGAACCAGGAAAGUGGAAGGAGCUUCUACGAGUGGCUAGCAGCCAGUUCUCAGCCCCCUUGACGCUCUACGGCCACAUUAACUACCGGUUCAGAGUCAUCGCUGUCAAUGCUAUAGGGAGAAGUCGUCCCAGCAUGCCCUCUGAAAGAUAUAAGACACCUCCUUGUGCUCCCGACAGGAACCCAGAAAACAUUAAGAUUGAGGGUCACCUGCCACAUCAGAUGGACAUCAGCUGGGAGCCGCUCUUGCCUGUGGAGCACAACGGUCCCGGUCUGGAAUACAAACUGAGCUACAGACUCCUGGGUGUCGAGGACAGUUGGAAAGAACAGAUGGUGAAGAGACACUCAUUUGUGGUGCGAGACACCCCAACGUUCGUCCCCUACGAGGUCAAGAUCCAGGCCUUCAACCACCAUGGGUGGGCACCAGAACCCCGAGUGGUGACUGGUUAUUCCGGGGAAGACCUGCCCUUGGCACCUCCCGAAGACGUAGCUGUUGAGGUGUUGAACUCUACACUACUGAGGGUCAGCUGGUCUCAAGUGCCUCAAACCGCCCUGAGGGGCCAUCUUGGAGGAUACACUGUGCACUGGUGGCAAACUCAAAGUCUGUUGCCCUCUAAGAGAAUUCCCUCAGAGAGACAGUCUCUCACCAUCCCUGGAAACAGGAGUCACACCAUGGUGCUGGGACUGAAGCCAUUCUCUGAAUAUAGCCUGACUGUCAAUGUCUUUAACCGGAGAGGGAAUGGGCCCAGCAGCAGUCCCAUCUCUUUCACAACUCCACAGGGAGUUCCUGAGAAACCACCCAUCCUGAGAGCCACAAACUUCCAGAAAGACUCAAUCACGUUGGUGUGGGCGCCUCCACACGAAGUUAACGGUUUUCUCACGGGAUACUUGCUGCAAUACCAGACAGUUAAUGAUACUCUGGGUGAGCUGAACUCUGUAAACAUCAGUGCACCAGAUACUACACAGUGGGUCUUGCGUGAUCUACAGGAAAAGAACUCGUAUAAGUUCUACCUGAGAGCAUGUACGCAAGUGGGCUGCGGAUCAGCCAUCAGUGAGGAAGGAAGCACCAUCCUUGAAGCAGUUACUAUGCCCGAACAUUCACUUCCUGAAGUUUCUACAGUCUCAGCUGAGACUUCGACAGAGAGCUUUACUAUACCCGAACAUUCACUUCCUGAAGUUUCUACAGUCUCAGCUGAGACUUCGACAGAGAGCUUUACUAUGCCUGAACAUUCACUUCCUGAAGUUUCUACAGUCUCAGCUGAGACUUCGACAGAGAGCUUUACUAUACCCGAACAUUCACUUCCUGAAGUUUCUACAGUCUCAGCUGAGACAUCGACAGAGAGCUUUACUAUACCUGAACAUUCACUUCCUGAAGUUUCUACAGUCUCAGCUGAGACAUCGACAGAGAGCUAUGAACUGUCAACAUCUGAAGUGACAUCAUCUGAGUUGAAGCAACCUUUCUCUUUCACCUCACCUAAUACAGACACUCCUUCUGUCAAUGCCACCUUUCCUACCUUAGUUGUUCUCAACAUAUCCACCUUCGUAAAUGAGACCUCUGCAAGAAUCAGCUGGAGAACCAGUGGAGAACGGUCUGAUUUACAGCUCUAUGUUGCAAUAAUGAAUCACCGUGAUGGUAUCUGGCAACUUUCAGAGGCUUUAAAUACAUCUAAAGGUUUCCACCUCAUUGAAGGGCUCAGCCCAGGAACUGUGUACACAGUCCGGCUGCAGGCUUCACGCAGGGUUGAUGUCCCUAGCAUUUUUGAAGAGGUUUUCAAGACUAGGAAAGCGUCUAGUAAACAAGCGGGGGGACCCCAGGAGUGGUUUGUGGGGAUGAUGUGCGCGGUGGCUUUACUAACUCUGCUUGUCCUCAUCGGCUGUUUUGUGCUGAAGAACAAAGGCGGCAAGUAUGCAGUGAAGGAAAAGGAGGAUUCUCCUGCUGAUCCGGAAUCUCACGGCAUGGGUGAAGAGACCCCCGGCGAGUACAGUGAUGAUGAGAAGCCGCUGAAGAGCAGCCAACGAUUGUUCAGAGACAUCAAAGAGGAUGACAGCAGUGAAGACUGCUCUAUGACAUCAGAGGACGAGGACUGCGAGUUCAACGAAGACGGGUCGUUCAUUGGCGAGUAUUCGGGAUGCAAGCGCAAGGAGUCAACGGAGGUGAACGGACACGCCCCUGUGACUUCCUAAUGCUGGUUCAAUCUUAUGAACUUUUAUACAGUUUUAACAGGGAAAAAAGAAAUGUUUGUUUGUAUGAUGUGCCUUGAAUGUGCCUAUGUUUUGUAAGAGUUUUGCACAAAUGGCCACUUCUUUACAGUAUUAAUAUGAAGGGUGAUGACAGGUUAUAGUUCAGCACAACAUGAAAAUUAUGCCAUUAUUUACAGUACUCAUCGCCAUGUUGUUUCAAACUCAAAUAAUGGCUUUCUGAGAUGUUUAGCAGAGUAUUCAAGAUGCUCUUUCCAUACAAAAAUUAAAAAGUAAAUAGGGCGGCAAAGCUCCAAACAUAUGACUCAUUAGCUAUGUUCAAAAAGCCUUUCAUAUGAUAUGAAAUUUAAGUCAUUACUUGCUGAUAAUCUGCUGCAAUUCUCAAAUCUCAAUCACAUUUGCACCAUAUUUGAAUAUGUGCAAAUGUGAAUGAGAUUUGAGAAUUGCAGCAGAUACCAUGGUGGUAUGGGUAGAUUUAAGGGUGGGUAUAUCUUAACCAACCCUUAAAUCUACCCAUACCACCAAAUCUGUCCUAACCUUACCCACCUCAAUAGCAGCACAAGUGUUUUACAAUACAACAUAAACACAGUAAGUAUAGAUUGUACAUAAUUAUUAUUUUUUAUAUAAAUACAUGGUAGUUACAUAAAAGAUACCUAAUAUAAAGUGUGACCUGAAACAUUAUUUGCAGGUUUGCCAAACAACAAAACAAACAGGUUCGUGCACCUUAGAAUUAAUGUGGAUUACACGUUUGCGGUCGGAUUAGGAAACGUUUUCACUUUUCCUGCUGAAGAAAAAUAAAUAAUUCAUGGCCUGUCACAAAACUGAUAUCUUGACAGCACAAUUUUCGGUUACAUGUUCGCUUGUGUGGGCAAUCACGUAACCUCUCUGCACGCCUCUCAGCAAGAUACUGACACAAUGAAACAAAACAAUUAUGUUCUGACUCUUCAGUAUAUCUACAAAAACAUAUUUCUGUUUAACCAUGUAUUUUAUUAAAACUGACAUUGGAGCUGCCAUGGGGAAAAUUCUUAGAUAAAGGUCAUCACUGAGUGGUUAGAUACUAUAUUUUUGUUUCGUUUUUGAUAAGUUUCGUUAUCAAUAACAUGCUAAGAUUGCUUUAUUAGCUUCUUGAAACUCUAAGGCUCAUGUAUGAUCAAGUCAGUAUACUUUUGGUGUCUUCAGCAAAUCUUUUACAUUUUUUUUAAAUUAUGUUUUGCCUCCAAAAUGAAAUGAUACGACAAGAAGGGUUUGUGGAUCAUCAGAAUCCAUGUUUCUAAUAAUAUAUCAUGUCCAGGCUGCAAUCCAACGUAAUGUCAAUCCAACUUUAAAUCCCACUAACAUAUUUAUUAUUAAUGAGAGAAAAAAGCCCUUUUGCUGAUAUAUGAGAUGAGAUUUUUUUUUCUAAUAUUUUUUCUUUUAUAUAUUAGUUGAGAGAUUCCACUGUAGAUUCUUGCACUGUACAUAUCUGUAGAUAAUGUUUUGUUUGUUUCUUUUUGUAUGUUUUUCUUUUUGCAUUUUUGUUUUUGUGCAUUUUAUUCUGCCUGAAAAUGUUGCUUAUACUAAAGACUCAGGAGUUUUUGUUAGAAUAUUCCUUGCAAAAAUGUUCAUCUUUAUGAUAUCUUCAGACCUGAGAAAUAUGUUUACCCCCACAUUUUCUAUAUUUUGUAUUCAUGCACAAUACUAUGAAAUGUUGACUAUCAAGACACAUUUUGUUACACUGAACCUAAAUGAUUUCUGGUUUCACCACAGAAACACAUAGGACAAUAAAAAUGACUAUUAAACAGUU